CUGAGUUGUUGUUGCGGACGAACUAACCAGAUCUGUGUGUUACUGCGUGUAGAAUUCUUUCUUCGAGUUGGUUUUGAACUGUGCUUAAAUGAUUUUUGCGAUUCACUUCCUCAUUAUGGUCUAUAAACAGUGUAGAAAAAGGGGGAAGUGGCCAGUUUGUUACUGAAGACGCCGCGAUGUGAACACUAAGCAGGCAGUGCCACAUAUCCUUGAACUGGAUGGAACACAUUUGAAGUUGAGCACGUCUGAACAGAUUCAUGUGUAUCAAAAUGCAGCCCAUAGUCUUCUUUCUGACAACUCUUCUGAUCCUCACACUGCCUGUUAUCCAUGGUGGCAAAGUCCUAGUGUUCCCAUUGGAUGGCAGCCAUUGGGUGAACAUGAAGGUCCUGAUUGAGGAGCUGCAUGCUAAGGGCCACAGUGUCACAGUGUUCCGAGCAUCAAACAGCUGGUACAUCAAGGAGACGUCCCCUAUCUACACCUCAAUCACAGUCCAUGUUGAAGAGAGACAUGGUGAUGAAGACUUUUACAGCAAAUUGGUGUCUAGGUUACUGCAGAUACAAAGAGAGGGUAGAUCUGCUUGGACUCGCUUCAGCUUGGACAUGGAAAUUAAAGAUAAUUUUUCACAGAUGCAUAAAAGCAUAUGUGAAAUGGUCAUCCAGAUUUUUGAAGAUCAGAAGCUGAUGCAGUCUCUUCGCAAUGCUCAAUACGAUUUGGUUCUCACUGAUCCUGGAGUAGGUGGUGGGGUUUUCAUAGCGCACUACCUCAGUCUGCCGCUUGUUUUUAACGCUCGAUGGACAGUACACGGAGAAGCUCAUUUUGCAAUUGCUCCUUCGCCACCAUCCUAUGUUCCUUUUCCUGUGGCAGAGUUAACAGACAAUAUGAGUUUUUCUCAAAGGAUCCGAAACAUGCUUUUUUAUAUUUUUAGAAGUCAACUUUACAAAAACACUGUUGGUCCUCAUUACACUGCUUUGGCUCAUCGCUACUUUGGCCCUGGGGUAGACUACUUUUCGCUCUUUCAGGCAGCAGAUAUCUGGCUCAUGAGGGUAGAUUUUGUCUUUGAAUUCCCACGCCCCACCAUGCCUAAUGUUGUCUAUAUGGGUGGAUUCCAGUGCAAGCCUUCCAAGCCCCUUCCAGAAGAUCUGGAGGAGUUUGUUCAGAGUUCCGGAGAGCAUGGUGUCAUUAUUAUGUCUUUAGGCACAUUAUUUGGUCAGCUGCCACAUGAUCUAGCUGAUGAGAUAGCUGCUGCUUUUGCUCAGCUGCCUCAGAAGGUCAUUUGGAAGUACACAGGGGAUAGGCCAGCUACCCUGGGCAACAACACCCGAUUGGUCGAAUGGAUGCCACAGAAUGACCUUCUGGGACAUCCCAAAACCAGAGUCUUUGUAUCCCAUGGCGGAACCAAUGGAGUGCUAGAGGCUAUUUACCAUGGUGUUCCAAUAAUUGGCCUUCCACUGGUAUUUGAUCAGCCUGAUAACCUUUCCAGAAUGAAAGUGAAGGGAGCAGCAAAAGUCUUGGAUUUUGUCACGUUGGACAGACACAUUUUUCUCCAGGCCUUACAGGAAGUGCUCCAUGACCCAUCCUAUAGGAUGAACAUGCAGAGACUCUCCAGGCUGCACCGGGAUCAGCCAAUGAAACCACUGGACCUCGCCCUCUUCUGGAUUGAGUUUGUUAUGAGACACAAAGGUGCUGCUCACCUGCGCACAGAGUCCUAUAAGAUGCCCUGGUAUGUCUACCACUCUGUGGAUGUCAUAGCAGUCUUGCUAGCUCUUAUGUUACCCAUCUUAAUCAUUGUCAUUGCUGUUAUCAGAUAUCUGUGCUGUAGGUUGUGCUGUAAAAGAAAAAUAAAACAUGAUUAAUUGUGAAUUCACUUAUAUUAACAAUGUAAGAAUAAAAUAUAUUUGAGGAAUAAAUUGUCCGUGAGAGGUGAUCUAAGACCAGUUCAUGCUGCUCAGCAUGUUUUGGUUAAGGUUAGCUUUGUGGUUGGGGAAUCGGGUCACAGAUCAGCAUUUACCCACAGCUUUUGCCUUUAGCAGUUCCUACAGGACCCAGCUAUGUGUAUUACAUUGUGA